AUGAGCUGGGCGCUGGAGACGCAGCUGGGUCGGCCCCCCACCGUGGCCGAGGUGGCAGAGGUCAUGCAGUUGCCAGAGCAGAGCAUCGUUGAGCUCCGAGCUGACGCCCAGGCGGCGGCCUCCCUAGAGCAGGCGGGGCAGGGCGAGGAGGACUCCUGGGUCAAAGAAGAGGUGCAGGCUCAGGGCCUUGACCCCAGCUCCCAGGCUGUCAGGGAGCUGCAGGGCAUCUCCCUGCGCAGCCAGCUGGCGCACCUGCCCCCCGCUGAGUGUGCGGUGGUGCUGGCGCGACACGGCAUGCUCGAGGAGGGUGGGCCCGGCAUGACCUGGCAGGAGCUGGGGCGGUGGAUGGGCGUGUCGGCCAACCGCACCCACCAGCUCCACACAGCAGCCAUUGAAAAGCUGCGCAGAAACAUGGUUGCAGACCAGCACUGA